AAGAAUUUUCCGCAUUUAAAUUCUAUACAUUAUACAAUUAAAGAAGAAAAUACGAAAAAGGGAAGUUUUUGUACGUCUUUUUGAGCUAAUAAGAAACUAUCGACAUAUAAGAACCAGUGCCAUAGUGAAGUAAUACAAAAAUGAAGGGAACAAUUUUGCUCACAGUUCUGGCAUUCAUUAUUUUGGCUUUCAGCACCGAAACUAUAAUGGGCGAUUGUCCAUCAGGCAGAUAUAAAGGUCCGUGUCUCGCAUGGGACAACGACACCUGUCGUCGCGUGUGUAGGGAGUCAGGCGGAUCAAGUGGUCACUGCUCUCCGAGCACUAAGUGCUGGUGUGAAGGAGGAGGAUGUUAAAUGAAGACAUACCUAAUGAUCCCUAAUGAAUUAAAGCUACUCACUAGAUCAUUGUUUCAAAACUGACCACUCUUCAAGAUUAUUCUUAUAGCCAUCUGACAAGUGGGUCACGUGGUCAGAUUCCUACCUUACCGACACUUUUCUUAUUUCCUAUCUUAUUCUCACACAAAGCGCCACAUCAAGUUCAAAAUUCAGGAUGAUAAAUAAGAAUUACCAAGAAAGGUGGGUGUUGUCCUAAAUUUUAUUAAUAAAAAAGAAGCAACAACAAAAUUAUUUACAAAUCAAACUGUUUUCUUAAUAAUAUUAAUUUGGGACCAAACCAACCUUUCUUAGU